CCUUAGGCCAAGUGAAGACAAAACCUCACAAGGAAUGCAAAAGGCUUAUUCAAUUUCACUUUUCUUGAUUCCUUCCCAUACAUCUCCCACACUUUUUGCUGCUUCUCGAUCUCCCUCUCCUAGCUAGCUAGCACCCAAACCAAUCUAGCCAAUCUCUCUCCCCAUCCUCUUCGAUCUCCGGCCGCCAUAGAUGGAGUUUGGCGGCGAGGGGGAUCCUGUCCCAGGUCAUGAUGAUCAGGUUGAAGCAGAUGGCUGGAUUGAUUAUGAUGGCGCAGCACGAGAUUUUUGUUGUACUGAUGAGGACCAGGGCGGGGAUGGCGGCCGUGCUGCUGAUGUGGGUGAUGUUCAAGAUGAUGCUGGUGCUGGUCUUGGUGUUCCGGAUGGCAUUCAAGGUGAUCCGUCUCAUAUCCAUCCUGCUGCUGUUGAUCCGGUUCUUGUUCCUGCUGGUGUUCAAGCAGCUGCUGCUCCAUCCAAUGCUCAACAGGCUGCCUAUCCAGGGCUUCUUCCUGGUGCUUUUCUUGGUGCUGAUAACGCCUUCUCUAGUGACGUCAUCGAUAAUAUGGUGGAAGGAGGCAUGUGGUUUGAACUGGAUGGUUAUCUGCAGAGAUUUACGCCCAGAUCAUUCAGCUCAAAUGAUCCUGCCAUAUUGCACAAGAUACUUUAUCUUAUCUGCCGAAAAGGAUGCCUGAAGAUGUUACUUGAUGCUAAGCUAUUCGAGCAAGCAGAUAGUUUCUUCGCAAGUUCAAUCUUGCCUCUCGCAGCCGCACCUGCAAGUCCAUAUGCUAGGGACGACGAUGUGCAGGCUAGGAUCCACGUGCUGCAGCAAGCUGUUGAGCUCAGAGAUGGAAGACUUCUGGAGCUCCCUGCUGAUGAGACCGCUGUGCCCAAAUUGCAACAGAAAAUCAAUGACUACCUCAGGUUUUAUCUCCCACGGGAAAUUGGGUAUACUCCAGAACCUGGCCUUAGAAGUACAAUGUGGGAGUUCGCUAUUAAAUGUGACAACAGGCCGUACAAGAGGGGCAACAAGCCUGACAUAAGAUGCUUGCUCUGUCAGAAGUUGUUCCUACAUGCUGACAUAACACAAUGCAUGAAAGGCCACUUGUCAAAACAUUGUCCAAUGAGCACACAAAGCUCUUUGGAACGCUUCCAUAUUGCCCUUAAGAAGGAGGGGAAAAAGAAGAAACCAGUAACAGAUGAAUUUGAGAAGAACAAACGCAUCAAAAUUGGUGGCACAAUGCCUAACCAGCAAGGUCAGCUUUCAUUAAUCAAUCAUAUUGAUUCUUCAGACAUUGAUAAACAGAUUGAUGCUGGGCGCAAGGUUCUGGACAAAUUCAGGUCGUGCGAAAAUGAGAUGUGCAAAAGUGCCUUAGAAGAAAUGGAACAAGUUCUUAACAAUAUCUCUCGAUCAGCGAGACAGCAAACUCACGAGAACCGCCAGGUUGCCAUUGGAAUGCCACCGCUCGCUCCUGUGCUGCCAAGCGAUGCUGCUGCUGGGCAUCCUCAACUGCCAGCUGCAGCUGCAGCUGGUCCUCAAGAUUUGCCAGAGGCUGGCGAUGUUCUUCCUCAGCCUCAUCAGCCAGAGCCCCAUCAUCUGCAAGAUGCUCCUGACUUGCCAGCGGCAGGCAAUCCACUUCAACCAGAGCCCCAUCUUCUUCAAGUGCAAGCUCCUCUUGAGAACCCUCCUUUUGCUGGGCCUCCUCAUCAGCCUGAGGCCUGAGCGCAAUCCGCUUCUUGGGCAGCCUCCUUAGUCUGAACCUGUGAUCACACAAUAUAGUUUUGAUACCCUCGGAUACCUGUUUUUUUGUCACGCACAUGCACGCUUCUGUUUGCCGCCGCAAGAAUUCACAAACGGCAGUAAACCUUUAACAUCAGUGCCUCCAUCGGUUGUU